AUGCUACGAGACAGUAGAGAUGAGAAGGUUAGAGAAGCAGGAGUGCAGGUCAACACCGGGAGAAAGUGGAGGGCUGACAAGGCAGUUGAAGAGGCUGAGGCUCGUCUUCGGCACAGCGACAUUGUCGGUAAUGUUGCACACGGGCGACUAGGCUUCGGAUGCGUCACCCGUUCGCAGUGGAGCAAAGCAAGUGCAAAAGACCGACGCACCCAAGUGCAGGAAGAGAUUCGCCGAAUGGAGGAAGAAUCCAGGCUCACCAGAGCUGUUACCCUACGGAAACAGGGAAAAUGGCUGAACUGGGAGGGAGUACCCCAGAGAAAGCUUACAUGGAAUGCGAUCUGGACAAUGGAAAGCGACAGACUUAGUUUCUUGCUCAAGUCUGUCUACGACGUGCUGCCAAGUCCAACAAACCUAGUGACUUGGGGUUUUGCCGAAAAGCCAGAUUGCAAGCUCUGUGGAAGACCAGCGAAUCUGGAGCAUGUCCUGAGCUCAUGCAGGACAGCCCUGUCUGAUGGUCGAUACAGAUGGCGUCACGACAGGGUUCUUGCUUCAAUGGCCGAUCAUCUAGAUCAAGCACGAAAAGCGCAGAAGACGACCAACAAAGGCCCCUCAUUCAUUUCCUUUGUCAGAGCCGGAGAAGAAGGGGCAAAGGCCAAACGCGCAUGUGGGAUUCUUGGAACGGCAACAGAUUGGAGAAUGGAAGCAGACUUGAAGAAACAGCUCAAGUUUCCACAGGAGAUCACCGUGACAAACCAGAGACCCGACAUAGUACUGUGGUCAGCGGCAUCAAAACAGGUUGUGAUGGUGGAGCUCACAGUACCAUGGGAGGAGCGGAUUGAAGAGAGCUUCGAACGGAAGCGCGAAAAGUACCAGGCCCUCACAGAUACCUGCACAGAGAAAGGCUGGAAGGCAUGGUGUUUUCCAGUGGAGGUGGGCUGCAGAGGUUUCCCAGCACAAUCACUGUGGCGCACUUUCAGCAGACUGGGGGUUACAGGACAGGUCCGGAAACGGGCCAUAUCGGUUGUUGCACGUGAAACGGAGUCUGCUUCCUUGUGGCUAUGGCGGAAGAGAGAGGAGAAGUGGAUAGGGGGACACAGGGCUGUCGACUAG